CACACAGCAAUGUAGUGACUGUCGAAAAUCAGAAAAUCAGUGAUUUUUAGCAAAAUGUAGUGGCCAUAGUUAAGUUGAACAAGUUGUGAUGUGUGUACUUAUAAUGGUAGUUGUUCGGAGCGCUAUUAAUAUCGUCAAGUCGACCGAAUUUGUGCAUUUUGUGUGAUUUGGAUGGAGAAAACGAGCAACGAGGGCAGCGCCGCAGCAGUAUGUUUGUCAUGAACUGGUUCAACAAUCUCAGUAAUCGCAGUUUGGCGAUAACGCUGCUAAUUUGCAUAUCCCUAAUAUAUGUAUCAUAUACAUUCAAUUCGUGCCUAUUAACAAGCAUUAGUCGGACAUUCCAAAAGAAUCCAUUUCGCGGCCUACUUUUUACCGAUGACGAGCUCACCGUUACUACUACAACACCGCCACCCACGAAGCUAGAUACUUCAAAUGACAGCGUUAGUGUCGUCGGUGUGGCAUCGAAACAUACACAGGAAGCUUUAAGCUUAAGAAAUCACGGUUCAUCCGUUGUACAUAUUGCGACGUUAAGUGGUUCAAAUAACAACACCAACAACAACAACAACAAUGCAAGCAAUCCGCCACAGGAAGCUGCUGACGGUUCACCGAAAUAUCGUUUCCUACGUCAACAAGGUUUGCAUCCGUCGCGUCAUCUGCCCGACACGCUCAUCAUUGGCGUGAAGAAGAGCGGCACACGCGCGCUACUUGAAUUCAUACGUCUGCAUCCGGAUGUACGCGCCGCCGGCUGUGAGGUGCAUUUUUUUGAUCGUCACUAUCAGCGUGGUCUGCGCUGGUAUCGCCACCACAUGCCCUACACCAUUGAGGGUCAAAUAACAAUGGAGAAGACGCCGAGCUAUUUUGUGACAAAAGAGGUGCCGCAGCGGGUGCAUCAAAUGAAUGCGGCGACAAAGCUGUUAAUUGUUGUGCGCGAUCCUGUGACACGAGCCAUAUCCGACUAUACGCAAGCGGCCAGCAAGAAAUCGGAUAUGAAACGUUUCGAAGAUUUAGCCUUCGUCAACGGCUCGUUCGCGGUAGUGGACACCGCUUGGGGACCGGUCAAAAUAGGUGUAUACUCGCGUUAUCUGGAGAAGUGGUUGAAAUACUUUCCGCUCUCGCAAUUGCUCUUCAUAAGCGGCGAACGGCUUAUUAUGGAUCCUGCCUAUGAGAUUGGACGUGUACAAGACUUCUUGGGUCUCAAACGCGUCGUGACUGAGAAACAUUUUUACUUUAACGCCACCAAAGGUUUCCCCUGUCUAUUCAAGUCGGAAGCGCGUUCCACGCCACAUUGUUUGGGCAAGACGAAAGGACGCAAUCAUCCGCACAUAGAGGAAGCUGCCAUCGAACGUUUGCGCGAAUUCUAUCGACCGUUCAACAACAAAUUUUACCAAAUGACCGGCAUCAAUUUCGCUUGGCCCUAAAGCGGAUACACACAAGCGUCUUAUGAGGGCAAGUCGAUGUAUAUAGCGGGCGGAAGUAAUAUUACAAGCGCUUCAAAAGCGUUGAACGAAGUUAGUAUUUACGAUAUUGUCAGAAGACAUACGAUCUUCGACAAAAAAAUUACGAUAUGGUCGAAAAAAUUACGAUAUUCGUCGAAAAUAUUUACGAUAUAUGUAUGUAUGUAUAUACAUAUGUACGAAUACAUUCAUAUAAAAGUGGUAUCAACUAUGCUGUUGUUAGCCAAAUUU